AUGGACGAUUUCACAUUCGGCGCCGACGUAUGGGGUGUAAACGAACCAAUCAAAAUCGAACCCUCCACCAGUGCUCUUGAAGAGCCCACGACACCCCUCGAGUCAUAUUUAACACCAAGAAACCAAUUCGAUGAGUUUGAUGACGAGUUUGGAGAGCCAGCAGAGGCGACUGAGACAGAGGGAGGUGAAGAUGAUUUCGGUGAUUUUGGAGAUUUCGAGGAACCGCAGGAUACACAGGGUGGCUCUACUCAGUUUGGAGACACUGGCUUUUUCGAGACUCCUUCGACAUCGACGUUACCGGAUGCAUGGGAACCACUACGCCUCGAUCCGUUGCCUGGCAGGCAUCAACUAGAGCGGCAUACUAGUGACCUCCUUACAUCCUUAUGGGGUCUGGGUAGUUUAUCUGAUGUUACGACGAGCGACGACAUACGGGAAGCUGAAGGGAUUGCUCAAUUAUUGAUUUACCCAGAAAGCCGCGACCUUUAUAACAACUUGGUCAAAUCUUUGCCUACGAUCAAGCCUCCGAACUGGACGCGGUCGCGAAUAAGGCGACAGCAUCUGAUCUCGCUGGGGGUACCGGUUAAUCUCGACGAGGUCAUGCCCCACGCGAAUGGCAGACCCCUUCCACCUUUGCAGAUCAGUACACGGCCGAUGUCUGCACCUCCAGGUCCCAGACAAGUGCAUGCUGAACUCGGAAGUACUACCAGACCGGGAACACCGCAACUAGGGAACAGACAAGGACCAUCGUUUGGCCCGAAGCCAGAGCUCGAUGAGAGCAAGAUCAUGCAACUCCUCAGCCUCAACCCCGAUAAUCUAUCUCUCCAGCCUCUUCCGGUCCUAGAACGCUAUCUAGCUGAAAUCCGCAGCCAGACGGCGAAUACUUCCGCUGUGUUAACACAUUCGUUGCAAGCGAAAGAUGCUCUGCAGCAGAACUCCGAGACCUAUAACAAGCUGAUCGCCGAGCUAGUUGGUGAAGCACAGAAGAUCAAGACAGGUGCGAAGGUUCGGACGCCCAUACGCAGGGGUAGUGGCAUGGUAUAG